UAUUCAUAGUUUUUCUCUGUGCUCCAAUAUAAACUUCAAAUGUGAUAAUUUUAUCAUCUCCAAGAAGUAAUUUACCGAACUAAGAAAUGAGUGUCAUCGCAAGGAGUUUGAUGAAUAUAACUCGUUCUUACUUGGCGAAUCCUCUGCAAGGGAGUAUCUCCAGUCUCGGAAGAUUAUGCGUCAACAGUACAUUCACAGGAUUUACUGAGGCGAAGAGGUUUGGCUCCUCCCUCUUCAGGAUGCACAGAACAGGGCCGCACAUUAAAAAACGUACAAAACCGAAACCCUUAAACGGGCAGCCCUUUGCCAAGGGAGUGGUUAUUAAAACCCUAAUUAGAAAACCAAAGAAGCCGAACUCUGCAAACAGAAAGUGUGUGCUUGUUAAAUUGUCUACCGGCAAGGAAAAGAUUGCUUAUGUACCAGGGGAAGGACAUAAUUUACAGGAACACAAUAUUGUGCUGUGUAGAGUAGGAAGAGUCAAAGAUUGCCCUGGUAUUAAAAUCAAAUGCGUCAGAGGAAAGUAUGAUUUACCUCAUGUCGUCAAGAAAGAAAAUUGAAGACUUUAAAUUCUAUAAUAAUGUUUAAAUAAACAGUUAAAUAAAUGCAGAUCACGCUCAACAAA